AUGGCGGAAAUGGAGGAAACCAGCUCCUCCGCGAUGUUGUCCUCUAUACCGGCAUCCAUACCUCCUACAUUAUCGUCUUAUGCUUGUGAAGCUGAUCGUUCCACCGUCCCCACCGAACAGGGCGAUAACGGUUCAGCCACGGCCAUUCACUCUCCUUCCAAUCCGCCGAGCACGUACUCGCCACUACCUUCCCUGCAAACAUACCCUGAGUCUGAAAACAACGAGCUGCAGGACAAUCACUCCAGCAAGAUAGCCCCGGAUAAAACACGUAUCGCAUUGUUACUUGUUUCCGGGGAUCGACAUACGUUUGAGUUCUCACUUGAUGAUACCGUAUCUGGAGCGAAAACAUACAUAUUCCAGCAUUGGCCCUCAGGUUGGUCAGAUAAAGCCCCGGAUUCACCUGAUAAUUUGGAGCUCGUUUAUCUUGGGAAAUUCCUGGAAAACCCCUCAACUUUAGGAUCUAAUCGAUUACCUGGUGGUCAAGCAACCAUUGUCCACCUCGUUAUUCGGCAGCACCACAAGCAACCAACAGACGAUGCCGUGGAUUCUGAUAAUAUACCUCGAUGUAAAUGCUGUACUAUACUCUAA